AUGUGCUACACGUAUGAAUGGGCGACAAUACUUGGAGUAUCUGUCAAGAACACAAAUGAAACAAGCAAUUUUUUCGCCAACACCGUCGACUGCCUUCUUACCCUCGGCACAGUUGAGAUAAUCCAGACAGGAGCGGACCCUCCAAUCCUCAACCGAACUUCAUUUCGAGGCCUGUCAAAUACGUCAGUGAAGGACGGCUCUCUUAACUACAUGCGAACAAUGUACCACAACGGACGGUCACCCUUCAACUUCAGUGCUGGUAGAGUGAAGGGGAGUAAUGGCGACACCAUCUAUUCGAAUCCGUUCGCGUUACACUUACUUCAUUCGCAGGCCAAUUCAUCAGCCGAGGAUGUGGCGUCGCGUAUUGAGGGGAUAUUCGAAAUGCGGACCUUGGUGGCAUUUGUAAGAUCGCCUGAGGGCACCGUCCGCACGAUUACCGAGACGACCGUCACGAGAGUAUACGCUCAAGACAGACGUGUUCUCGCAAUUCUGGUCAUUCCAUUGUUGACUACGAUAUUGGGCACGUCUUCCCGUUAUCGAAUUGUAGGAGACGAUGUUUGUGUGGGAUACAAUCCUAAUGAGAUCGCCCGGCGAGGUCAGUUUCCAGGGUCAGAGGACGAGGGGAUGCGGCCGAUGGAAAUCAGGUCUGAAGAGAAGAACUAGGGACACUUUGGAG